GGGCUCCUUUAAGACUGCGGCAGGUUUCAGCCUCUUCCCAGGACCCAGCGGGUCAGUUUCCCCUGGCGAUGGGGGGGACCCGCAGCUGAGCGGAGCCGCCCCCCGGGAGGGAACCAGCGGCCCCCGCCCGCCAGCACCUUGCAAGGGCCCCGCCCCCGCUGCAUCCUCCCACCUGGGGCUGCCUCCUGCCGCGGCUGGGAGGCGAGUUUCUCCCGAGCCGGCUCGCCACGCAGGGCCCCCCCGGCCAGCGCGCACCGGGCACCUCCCCUGCCAUGGACUGAGCGCGCUGCCGUCUCCGCCGGGUGCUGGGACUGGCCCCUUCCCUGCUGGGGGGUUCACCCCCCCUCCUCCCCGCUGGGCUUUUUUUUAUGGGGCAGCAAGAGACUCGACCAUGUUAUCGGGCUCCAAAAACUCCUUUAAAAUCCAGCAGCACCAGCCGGGCCCUGCGCUGAGAGGUCCAAAGUCCUCUGCCAUGAACAGCAGGAGAAACAGGAACUGCCAGGCUUUCCCGUGUAUCCCAGGGGAACACGUCCUGGAAGCGGCAGCUCAUGUGAGGAAGAUCGUCCGCUCCAGGGAUGGCGAAGGAUCCGUCCUGGGCACACUGUACUGCACCAACCUGAGAGUCGCCUUCGUGCCAGAGCCAGCCCCUGGUGACACGGUGGGGGCCCCUCGCUGUUCCACUCGCCUGCACAGUGAGCACGACGUGGCCCUUCUCUGCAUCAGGAGGCUAGUGGCAGUGAACAGCUUCACCAAGGCCAAGGUGCUGACGGCCAGCUCUACACUCAAGUUCAUCCCGGAGGAGCUGGUCCUCUACUGCCGGGACUUCCGGGUGCUGCGUUUCCGCUUCCACGACAGUGGCUUGGAGCCCCGGGCUUGUCAGGUGACGCUGGCCAUUGUGCAGGCUCAGGAGAGCAGCAGGGCCAGCGCAGGGACGUGGUACGACACUGGCGCUAUAAGGAACCUGGAAAACGCCUGGCUGAGCACGGAGGAGUCGUCGUCCUCCUCGACGCUGCUCUUCGAGAGGCCCUGUGACUGGGAGAAGGAGCUGAGGCGGCUCGGGGCUGCUGGCUGGAGGGUCAGCGCCGUCAACGAGCGCUUUGACAUGGCCACCAGCCUCCCCAAGUACCUCUGGGUCCCCAGCAGGCUCCUGGACAACGAGCUCAAGAGGGCCUUUGGCCACUUCAAUGCCAGGCGCAUCCCGAGGCUGUGCUGGCAUCACCCGGGAGGCAGCGAUCUGCUGAGAGCUGCCGGCUUUCACGCUGAUUCAGACCCCGAGAAGGAAGAUGUGAGGUCUGUGGAAGCGCUGAUGCUCGCUGGCCACGCCCAGUGCGUGAUAGUGGAGACAGCCGCCGACCUGCCCAGCCCUGCAGAGAUCCAGCUCUCUUACCUCAAGCUUCGGGCCCUCUGCCUUCCUGACUCCUCUGUGGCCGAUGAGAAAUGGCUCUCCGCCCUGGAGGGGACGCGCUGGCUGGAGCACGUGAGGGCUUGUGUGAGGAAAGCGUGCGAGGUGGCUGUCCUGCUGGCGGAGAGGUCCCGCUCCAUCAUGCUGCAAGAGUCAGACGACCGGGAUCUGAACUGCCUGCUGGCCUCCCUCAUCCAGGUCCUGUCGGAUCCCCACACCCGUACCCAGUUUGGGUUCCAGAGCCUGCUGCAGAAGGAGUGGGUGGUGGCAGGGCACCCCUUCCUCCAGCGCCUCAACCUCCUCCGGGACAACGACCGUGAGGAGUCUCCAGUGUUUCUGCUUUUCCUGGAUUGCAUGUGGCAGCUGCUCCAGCAGUUCCCAGCAUCCUUUGAGUUCACAGAGACAUACCUGUUAGCCCUCCACGACAGCAGCUACAUACCCUUCUUCAGCACCUUCCUGUUUAACUGCCAGUGGGAGAGAGAUCGCAGGAAUCAGCACCGUGCCUCCAACCAGAUCUACGCGCCCGUCAACGGUUGGCGGGAACCCCCUCCCCUGGAGAUCCUGCAGAAGGGUGGCCGCCUGGCGAAGGAGAGAGGGGGCCCCUACUUGCCCACCAUCUGGGACUGGGCGCUGCGCUACACCACCCAGCAGAGGGCUCAGUUCAGAAAUCCCGCCUAUGCCAGGAGCAGCGGCAGCACCACUGUUCCAAAUGGCAAAUCUGCCCCACUAGGGGGUGAUAAGCUGGAAGCUGCCUUGUCUGGGAACGGCACCAUGUACCUGUUUGCCAAGGGGGCCCUCUCGCCGCAGACCCACCUCUUCCCCUGGAAGAACGGCUCGCUUUCCAAAAAGGGCUGGUGGCGGGCUCAGUCCUCAGAGAGCCUCAGCGAACAGGACCGGUCCUUGAGGAGCAGUCCCAGCGGUUGCCCCCUGCAGCCUGAGGGGCUGCUACUUCCUGCCUCUGUGGGCCCCCUGAUCCAGCUCUGGAGAAGGUGUUACCUGCGGGGAAGCCAGGAAGUUCAGCGUGGCCUCUUUGCCUCCACGCUCAGUGAACUCGCAGAAGAGCUGGACCUGCUUCGAGGGCGACUGACAGGCGAGGGGACCUGCUAGGGUGCCUAACCAUGGCAGCACGCAGAGCCCUUCUCGCCAGCCGCCUGAAGGUGAAACACCCCGAAGACUGGACGGCCUCGUGUCCUUGCUGCGAUGCUGGAGAUGGGAGAGCGUCCCGGGCAGAACUGGAUCUGUCCGCUGGGCCAGUGGACCAAGGAGGGGGACCUGGGUUUGUAGGAACGGCUUCAAUGGACUUUACGCCCUGCUGUUCCUCGUGAUGCGGGGAGCUGCCCGUCCUUUUGUGGCUUCAGGAAAGGGAACCGGGCAACCCCGUCCCAUCUAAAGGGCUCGCUCCCACUCACGCAGCUCAGGGUGGUGGGUGCCCAGAUAACCGUGGCUCCUCCCAAGUGCUACCUCCUCAAAGUCGGGCCCAAUCCCAGAGCCCCCGCCCGGCCCUGAGUCUGGUUAAGCCCCCUGCCCCCGCCCAUGCUGGGUGUUUGGCCAGGGUUCGGUUGGUGGGGGUCUUGACGGGAACCGAACAACUCCAGUGUUCUCCAGUGCUGCUUGGCAAAACCUACAGCAUAGGAUUCUGUUACUGCAGGGUUUGGGGCAGGCACUCCAGGGUACUGGGUCCAACCGCUUUUGCUGCUGCUCAGUCUGAGUUGUAUCUCUCUCCAUUCUCUGAUCUUUCAUGCACCUUCACCCUCCUCACUCCCCCAGGGUGACUUACUCAGCUGAUGAGGCUGGCUCAUUUGUGUACCUCCCCCAGAGGGGCGGCAUGUGGGUGGAAGGGUAGGCGAGGGUUAACCUGCCGCUGCUCAUGCUGUACCCAUCCCCUAGGUUAUUGCUGGCCUCCGAUCUCCAGCACUGUCAGUCUGGCACCCGUCCC